AUGUCAACUGGUCCUUUGCUUCAUUUUACCCCAAAAGAGGGAUUUUUGAACGAUCCUAACGGUCUCGUGCAAUCGAAUGGGUUAUGGCACUUGUUCUUCCAGUGGAAUCCAACCGCGUUGGAAGCAGGAAAUCAACAUUGGGGCCAUGCUAUUAGCAGGAACCUGUAUAAUUGGAACCAUCUCCCAACGGCUCUUUUCCCCAAUGAAGACGGUGGUCUUAUAUUUAGCGGAAGUGCUGUUGUCGAUAAACACAACACUUCUGGGUUAUUUAAAGAUUCGCAUGGAAGAAUUCCCACAAACACCGAAGGCCGUAUCGUCCUCAUUUACACGACUCAUUAUGAUGACCUUGAAACUCAAAAUAUUGCCUAUAGUCCAGAUGGAGGCAUCACAUUUAUAAAGUAUGAGAACAAUCCCGUUAUCAAUAUAAAUGAGUCUCAGUUCCGCGACCCUAAAGUUUUUUGGCACGAAGAAACAAAGCAUUGGGUGAUGGUCGUUGCACUCGCUCAAAAGUUGCGUAUAGCUAUUUUCCGCUCUUCUAACUUAAAAAACUGGGAAAAGGUUUCCGAAUUUGGUCCUGCUGGCUUAUUAGGUAUCCAGUACGAAUGUCCUGAUCUUUUCCGUCUACCAAUUGAAAAUACAGAGGAUCAUCGUUGGAUUAUGGUUGUGUCCAUUAAUCCUGGGUCCCAUAUAAACGGCGGAAGCAUGAUCCAGUAUUUUAUUGGUGACUUUGAUGGCAUAACCUUUACUCCUAUCGAUAAAAUUGCUCGUAUUUUCGAUUACGGUAGUGAUUUUUAUGCAGCUCAGACAUUCUCCAACGUCCCCAAUAACCAAGUGAUUAGUAUAGGAUGGGCUAAUAACUGGAGCUAUGCAAGUGAUGUUCCCGCGAAACAAUAUCGGGGGAUAAUGUCCUGCCCUCGCGAACUUUCUCUACGUUCUAUGCCUGUGAACUCUGAAGCACAGGAGCUUGUUUUAGUCCAACGUCCCUAUAACACAGAAGCUCUAAAGCAUCCUCUCUCGGAGCCUUAUCCUUUGGCCUUGGAAACCGUUUCGGAGUUUCCUCCUACCUCAAUAUGUGGCACUAGAUUUUAUCUUUGUGCUACCAUACCUGUCUCUGCAACUGAUUCAGAAAAACUAGAAUUCAUGCGUUUGCGUUGGUCAGCAACUUCUGAUGUCCUUGGCAACAAACAGUACAUCGAGCUUGGAUAUCGUUUUAGCGAUGGUGCUGUCUAUAUCGAUCGUGGUUCAAGUGAGGCAAGCUGGAAAAAUCCUAUGUAUUCUGAGCGUUCUAUAUCCAAUUUACCCGCUAUUCUUAUUGAUGACAAGAUGAUGGUGGAUUUCGGAAUCCUUAUGGACCAAUCUGUUGUAGAGGUCUAUGGAAAUCAUGGAGGAAAGGUUUUUACGAACACUUACCACUUUUCAGAAGGAUCAGAAGACUCUCCUCUUAAAUAUUAUUAUUUAGCGCUUCCUCGGGCCGCCAAGCUGGUCAAAGCUAACGUGUUGCCUCUAUUCACAAAAGUUCCCAAGUAA